GAGAGAGAGGGAGAGAGAGGCCGCCGGGUACAGAGCAGAGGUUACCACAGGACACUGCCGCCUGGAGCCUGCGGCUGCCGGAGCCCGACAACUACAACAAGCGGCGCACAAGCCCGGAGUGCUUCCGCCGACACUCUAACCUCUGGAUAUCCCUCUACCUGGACGCACAGCUGCGAGUUCAAAGUCACUCAUGACAGCGUGUGUUCGGCGUUCAUGAGCCGCUGCUGUCGCGGACUCGGAGCGACCGGAGCGGCGCCUUUCCGCCGGCCGGACCGCUGCACUUCUCGUUGACGGCUGCAUGAAUUCGCUCCACGCUUGGAUUUAAGGACACACAACCCGGAGAGCAGUCUGGGACCGGAACGGGCAGUUCGCCAGCGAUGUGACAAUUACAUAAUGUCGUUUUAGCUGACCUUACUAAAGACAAAUACAGCGGGAAAACUGCGAACGUUAGCGACGUAGGAGCUGUGUAAACCCGGAGAGACACGAGCUGUGGACGCGGAGGUCAUAAACUCUGAACACACACACACACACACACACACACACACGACAUGUGUUGUUACAGUGUCUCCUUGCGCUCUUUUUAAUCUCCGCUGCUACAAAGUAACAACUCCGCCGGGCAGCGGUGGAGUCGGCGGCACUUGUAGCAUCAGGAGCGGAGAAAAGACGCUCCUGGUCCCGCUGAACUCGCUCCGGUCCUGCUGAAACCAACACACCGGAGAGCAAAGACAGCGGACUGCCUGUGCUGCUCCAAGGGCUGAAAGGUCACCGGGACCGGUCAUCUCCUUUCUCCCCUCCUCCUCCUCCUCCCGUCAGUCUGUGAAGAAGAUGUGAACCCCCUCCUCCUCCCUUCCUCUUUCUCUCUUCGCCGUCCAGGACGCUUUGAUCUUUUUUUUCCCCCCCUCUCUCUCUCUGUUUGGUACAAAGAGAUCAAACGCGACUCCCUCCUCUCGGGGAUGUACGAAAGCGUGGAUGUUGUGGGUUUCAGCCCCGGCCCCAGCAGCCCCAGUCCCGGCUCUUUCCUGAGCAUGGACUACUACCACAGACCCCCGGGGCUCGGGCCGGAGAAGGGGCUCCUGUCCGGCGUAGGAGGACUCCAGCGACCUUUCGGAGGGUCCCUGGUGUCCGGCAGGCACUGGAGCGGAUCCAGCCACUCUGUAGAGACUGAAAGCACGAGUUCAGGAGAGGACCUGCUCGUCCCCAGCCCCCCGUCACCUCCACCUCCACCCCGCAUCUACAAGCCCUGCUUUGUGUGUCAGGACAAAUCUUCAGGAUACCACUAUGGAGUCAGCGCCUGCGAGGGUUGCAAGGGUUUCUUUCGGAGGAGCAUCCAGAAGAACAUGGUGUACACAUGCCACAGAGACAAAGUCUGUGUCAUAAACAAGGUGACGAGGAACCGCUGUCAGUCCUGUCGACUGCAGAAAUGCCUCGAUGUUGGCAUGUCCAAGGAGUUGGUGAGAAAUGACAGAAUGAAGAAGAAGAAGGAAGAGAAGCGGCAGGGGGAGCCAGAGAUCUACGUCCUGUCAGCAGACACCGAGCGGAUGAUCGAACGUGUUCGACGAGCCCAUCAGGACACAUUUCCUUCCCUUUGUCAGCUGGGAAAAUACACCACGAGCGACAGCUCCGAACACCGCGUCUCUCUGGAUGUCAGUCUGUGGGACAAGUUCAGCGAACUGUCCACUAAAUGCAUCAUUAAGACGGUGGAGUUCGCCAAGCAGCUGCCAGGCUUCACAACGUUAACCAUUGCUGACCAGAUCACCCUGCUCAAAGCCGCCUGCCUCGACAUACUGAUCCUAAGGAUCUGCACCCGCUACACCCCAGACCAGGACACCAUGACCUUCUCCGACGGCCUGACUCUGAACCGCACCCAGAUGCACAACGCCGGCUUCGGACCUCUCACAGACCUGGUGUUCUCCUUCGCCAACCAGUUGCUUCCGCUGGAGAUGGACGAUGCAGAGACGGGAUUACUCAGCGCUAUCUGCCUGCUCUGUGGAGACCGUCAGGAUCUGGAGGAGUCAGAGAAGGUGGAUGUGCUUCAGGAGCCAAUUGUCGAAGCCUUGAAGAUCUACGUGAGGAGGAGGAGACCUGAUAAACCCUGUAUGUUCCCCAAGAUACUGAUGAAGAUUACUGACCUCAGGAGCAUCAGUGUGAAGGGAGCAGAGCGAGUGAUCACACUGAAGAUGGAGAUACCCGGCUCCAUGCCUCCGCUCAUCCAGGAAAUGCUGGAGAACUCUGAGGGACUGGAGGGACACGGAGCUGGGGGAGCGAAAGGGGGAGGAGGAGGAAAAGGUAAAGGAGGAGGCAGAGAAGAGGAAGAAACAGAGCUCGGAAGCUGUCAUCCAAGUCCGUCGCCCAAAUCAGUUCCCUCUCCCAUCCCGAGCCCCGCGCCGUGCUCCCCCUCCUCUUCCUCCCCCUGCACCUGAAGCUCCACACUGCCCCACACACAGCGCCACCCAGCGGCACACCGUGGUACUGCAACCACAGAGCAGACUGAAAGCAGAAAAAACUCCACAUGAUCGCAGAUAAUCCAGAGGGCAGAAACGUCUAAAUGCGUGAACUCAUAAACUCUCUGGGCUUCUGGUGACAUCUGUCGUCCAUUACAUUAACGCCAGCGAGUGGGGAGGCUGAGUAUCUUUAUACAAGUGCUGCAGGAAGGUUGAUCGAAAGCAGGGAAACUAUGCUGUGAAGACUGUUUGUGUUCACGGUUUUAUACAUUAAAUGCAAAAAAAACAUGAUUUAGACUGUUUUGUUAUCUUUUUGCAAUGCCUCAAAGGUAAUUAUAUGCAGACUGUGUGAAGCUACAUGAAGGAUUAUCAAGAUACUGGAAUGUGGACAGACAGAUGGAUGACACAUCUCCUCCUGUAUGAAAAGUCAUGUAUAGUAUGCAGAAUCAUUAUGUGUAAUAUAUUGUAUAUAAAAAGGCUGUGCAAGAAGAUGUUGAACAGGGAUGGACUGAUACAAAAAGUUAUUUUCCUACAUGUACAUACAUGUGUAUAUACUGUAUUUCCCCCAGUACAGCUGUAAAGAGUUCUUCCUUCAUCCACUUACCACACACAAUGCCCGCAACCUUCUGCUUUUGAUCCCCCCACAGGCACAUCAGGGAAAAAUAAUACUCCUUGCUUCAAUAUAAACACGAAUUGGAGACUUGCUAUAGCUUGAGGGACUUGUAUACAUGUGUUACUUUGCAUCACCCUCUGUAAGAAAAGAUGUAUUUGGUUUGUUUGCAGGUGCAGCUUCAGCAACUCAAGUGACUUAAUUUCAACAAACUGUGACACCAGGAACUCUUAAGAGUGUUGUCCUCUGGCAUCAAACCCCCGGAGCUGUUGAGCUCUGCAGAAUAUGGAAAUGUCAUCAUCAGCGACGACACGUGCUGCCAAAACAAACAAACAUUUUUCUAGUCUGCACCACUAACUGUCCUAGUCCGUUCACGCAUUGCCACUGCCUCACGACAGCAUACUCUGUCAGGUACAAGUCAUUCUCAGUGUUGUCCUUUUUAAUGUACCGUGAGGUCAAACUUGUUGGAAAGUAUAAAAUACAGGGAGUUUAAUAAAAAAACGGAUGAUUUUCAAG